UUGGCGAAGCAAACGGCGAGCGAGUUACCUAGCGCGACAAGGUAUCGGUGCCGAUCAUGGCGGCCACGUCGCCGCUGCCGCGGUGGGCGCCGACGCCGAGCCCAUCGCUGCCGCUCUGGCGGCGCUGGGGCGGAGCCACGCCAGACGCCACGGCGGGCCGAGGCGGCGGCGUAAACGGCGGUGCUGCCGCCUGGUCGUCGUCGUCGUUCUUCGCUGCGCUCUUCCCGUGGACGAGGAGGAGACGCGUCGACGACAGGCCGGCGGCUGGCGGCGGCGGGGCAGGUCCGGCGGCGUUUGACGGUGUAGAGGUGCUGCCGUCGGUGGCGGCGACGUCGUCGUCGACGGACGUCGUUGCCGAUCCCGGGGUGUUCCUGACGUGGGAGGACGUGCGCGUGACGGUCGCCGGCCGGACGCGCGGCUCGCCGCCGGUGAGGAUCCUCGAUGGGAUCACCGGGCACGCGCGGGCCGGGGAGGUGCUGGCGAUCAUGGGGCCGUCGGGGUGCGGGAAGACGACGCUUCUUGACACUCUCGCAGGAAGGUUAGGACCGGAAAUGAAUCGAUCUGGCGUGGUUUUAAUCAAUGGCCGACAGGAAAAGCUUGCGUUUGGAACCUCAGCGUACGUAACCCAGGACAACGUGCUGAUGUCGACGCUGACGGUGCGGGAGGCCGUCCACUACUCGGCGCACCUGCAGCUGCCGGACACGAUGCCGGCGCCGGAGAAGCGCGGCCACGCGGAGCGCGUGAUCCGGGAGAUGGGGCUCGGCGACGCCGCGGACACGCUCGUCGGCGGGCGGGUGGCCAGGGGGAUCAGCGGCGGGCAGCGGAAGCGGGUGAGCAUCUGCGUGGAGAUGCUGACGCGGCCCCGGCUGCUGUUCCUCGACGAGCCCACCAGCGGCCUCGACAGCGCCGCCUCCUACCACGUCAUGAGCCACAUCGCCAGGGUCGCCGCCAGGGAGGGCAUGGCCGUCGUCGCCGCCGUGCACCAGCCCAGCGGCGACGUCUUCGAGCUCUUCCACGGCCUCUGCUUGCUCGCCUACGGGAGGACCGUCUUCUUUGGGACGCCUUCCAAUGCUAAUGAGUUUUUCACGCAAAGUGGUUUUCCAUGCCCACACAUGAGGAACCCAUCCGACCACUUCCUCAGAAUAGUCAACAAAGACUUUGAUGAGGAAAAUAUGGAGAGCUCCAAGGCUAACAGAAAAACAGCUGCUGAAGCAACUGAAAUUCUAACAAAUGCAUACCUGUCCUCCAGUUAUUCAGAGAAAACUGCUAAUGAGAUAGCUGAGAUGAAAGGGAUGGAUGGAGCUCCAUUUAGAAGGAAAGAGCAAGCCAGCUUCGGUACUAAGCUCCUUGUGCUAACCAAAAGAUCCUUCAUAAAUAUGCACAGGGACAUAGGAUACUACUGGAUGCGUUUGGCCAUUUAUUUGGGCAUUGGCGUUUGCAUUGGCACCAUCUUCUACCAAGUUGGAUACAGUUAUAGUUCUAUCCAGACAAGAUGUGAAGUAAUAAUGUAUACGACUGCGCUUCUAACUUUCAUGGCGAUUGGAGGAUUCCCUUCUUUCAUAGAGGACAUAAAGGUAUUCAGAAGGGAGAGGCUGAGCGGCCACUAUGGCGUCGCGGAGUUCGUGAUCUCAAACACGCUCUCAGCCACCCCGUACCUCGCCUUCAUCGCCGUGGCCCCAGGCGCGAUGCUCUACUACCUCACGGGGCUGACCCGAGGAGCGGAGCACUUCGCCUACUUCACCGCCACGCUCUGCAUGUGCACGCUGCUGGUGGAGAGCAUGAUGAUGAUCAUCGCCGUCGUCGUCCCGGACUUCCUCAUGGGCAUCAUCGUCGGCGCCGGCGUCCAGGGCGUGAUGAUGCUCAACGGCGGCUUCUUCCGCCUCCCCAACGAGCUCCCCAAGCCGGUGUGGAAGUACCCGUGCUACUACAUCUCCUUCCACAAGUACGCGGUGCAAGGGUUCUACAAGAACGAGUUCAUGGGGCUCUCAUUCCCCAGCGAUCAGCUCGUCGAGGCCAACGUCACCCUCAGUGGCGUUCAGGUUCUCAGGGAGAAGCUGCAGGUGGAGAUGGGCUACUCCAAGUGGGUAAACCUCGCUAUCCUGUUCGGGAUGAUGGUGGCAUACCGGAUGAUAUUCUUUCUCAUUGUCAAGGUUGCAGAGGAUCUCAGGCCAAAACUGAGAGGAAUGAGAUGUAGAUGGCCAAAGUAGUAGUUGACCCAGGAGGAAAGGAUCAGUAGACACCAAUAAAAUUUGAAGUACAACUUGUA